AAAAACUUAAAUAUUAGAUAAAAUAGUUCGUCAUUACAUCAUGGUCACAAAAGAAAGUGUGAAAUCCCAACAAACCUAGCACUAAGCGAGUUCCCAUAAACGCACACAUGGUAGCAGGAUUAGAGUCUUUACAUUAAUAUACAUAUGGAAUCGAUCCAGAAUUAGAGUAUAUUUCAAAAAGCCGAUUCGACUCCCCGAUUCUCAGUUUAAAUUACUUGAGCAUAUGUCAGCGACUCAGCGUUCGGUGUGCCGUGAGGGUAAAUGAAGAGAGGGAGAGAAGAGGCAGACACGGAGAUCGUAUGGCAAACCCCAGCAAACCCUCCGGAGCGCGGCGAUUACAUUUUCCGUAAAGGGAGGCGCCACGUCAGGCCCUACUACUUCGAGUUCAUCUCUCAUGUUAAGAAACGAUGGGCCGGGAAAACCAUUGUGGAUCUGUUCGCAGAAGAGUUCAAAGGAAGGCCCUACGAUUAUUAUGUCAGUGCCAUAAAGUCUGGAAGGAUCCAAGUCGAUGGACAAUCCGUAUCAGUUUCAUAUAUAGUUCAAUCAUCGCAAAAGAUAAGCCACUUCGUGCACAGGCAUGAACCACCAGCAAUGGCAUUGGAUGUUUCAAUUCUGCACAAAGAACCUGAUGUUCUGACUGUGUGUAAGCCUGCAUCUGUUCCGGUGCAUCCAUGUGGUCAGUAUAGGAAGAACACAGUUGUUGGCAUCCUUCAGGCAGAACAUGGCUUGUCUCCUUUGUUUCCUGUGCAUCGAUUAGAUCGCAUGGUCUCUGGACUUCUUAUCUUAGCAAGAACUGCGGCUAAAGCAGAUGUAUUUAGGCAACAGAUUGAGGCUGGGAUGGUGCAUAAAGAGUAUAUUGCAAUGGUUAUUGGGUUAUUCCCAGAGGAAGAGCAAGUGGUCAAUGUCAAUGUCAAUUAUAAUGCCAGAGAAGGGAGGAGCUCAGUUGAGGAGGGAGACCGUGAUGGUGGGACAGCCUUGAAGGGAAAGGUUGCAUGUACAAAGUUUACAAGGAUUAGUACUAAUGGAACUCACAGUAUUGUUUUAUGUGAACCAAUCACUGGCCGGACUCAUCAGAUUCGUGUUCACUUGCAAUAUACUGGCCACCCAAUAGCCAAUGAUGCGCUUUACCUCUCUGAAAUCGUUGCUGAUCGUUCUACUCAAGGAAAAACAGCUGGUGGAGCUGCGGCAGUUAACUCAGACCAUUCUCCAAUAUCUAAUUUUUCUUGUAAUGCUGAUUCUGAUGAAUAUGAAGAGAACUCCUGUGAGGACUUAAGCAUCGAUCCUUUGUGUACUAAUUGUCCCAACUUGGCUCCUAAGGGCUCAACUCAGCCAGGUUAAUCUAUUAUUACUAGUGAAGUACCACAAUAUGCACGUCUGAGCACGAAUCCUCUGUGAUGUGCCUCAUUGGUACUUUGGAUGGCACAUUUAAAUGAAAGGAAAAGACAUUUAAUGUUUUUGUGGAGAAAAACCCAUUGUUCACAGGAACUUUGUUCAGAUGCUUUUUCCUGACUUCUCAUAUUGGGAGAGCACUGCCACUCAGAGGAUCUGGAUGCAUUCUAACCUGGUUCUUCAGAAAGUUGGUGAAAAAUAAUAGAGUUCUGAAUUCAAUGCUGAUGAUUGUCUGGUAUAGUUUAGUGUUCUCUGGGGUACCCAUCAAAUGUUCAUGUGGAACAUGUACUGCUACAGUGCUACUCUGUAAUUGAAAUGUUUCUAAAAUAUAUUCUGUUGUGUUCGUUUUCCUCUCCAA